AUCACGAUGACCCACCCCCACCCAAUGCUGACAUCAUGUUUUACUUUGUGAAACAUUUGACCUUUGGCCUGCCACAAGGACUGCUCAGACUUUGGAACCAGAGCAACACAUUUGCAAGUCCCGCUAAUCACAUCCAGCAAGAGGGCCGAGAUAUAAAAGCCUUCAAAUAAAGCACACGGAUUAGUCUUCAGUGAAAGAGGAGGAUUCAUUUGACCUCAAGGCUUCCAGGUGCUGAGCCCAACAUGGGACGUACCAGGAUCUGCCUUCUGUUGCUGCUAGGAACAUGCGCCCUAGCCCAGCAAGAUGGAGGAAGUGUGGAUGAACAACCUCCAACAUGCCUCUUGGCUAAAAGGUUUAGGAACUUCAGGCGCUUUGUGUACGACUAUGAGGCUGAGACCUUCAAUGGCGUUCCCGGAGCCACCGAUAACAAAAGCGGCCCCAAAGUCUCCUGUCAAGUUGAGCUUGAAGUGCCUCAGACCUGCAGCUUCAUCCUACGAACCACAAAAUGCUCCCUGAGCGAGAUCUUUGCUGUGGAUGAGAACGGGAAUGCGUUGUACCGCCCCGCUGCUGGAAAUCAGGUCUUCAAAGCUGCCAUGGCUAAGAACCCACUGAAGAUCACCGUUGAGCGGCACACUGAUGUAAAAAUCUUCCCUGAGGAAGAUGAACCGGUCAACAUCUUGAACAUCAAGAGAGGAAUUGUGUCCUCUCUCCUUGUUCCCGUUAUGGAAGAAGAGAAGAACAACAAAAUGCCCACCGUGUAUGGCAUCUGCUCCACCGACUUCACAGUCAACGCCAGAGGAGACAUCGCCACCGACGUAACUGUCAGCAGGGACCUUUCCAGGUGUGAUGGCUUCAGCGCUCACAAACAGGCCACCAGUCCCCUGGCUCUCAUCUCAGGAAUGCACUAUCCUUUAUCCAAGAUGAUCAGCAGCCACCAGACUUGCAACUACAAAUUUGACAACCAGAAGAAGCACAUGACCGGUGGAACCUGCACAGAGAAGCAUCUUUUCCUGCCCCUCUCCCACCAGAACGAAUACGGAAUCUCCACUCUGGUGAAGCAGACCGUGACUCUGAGAGAGACCACCAAGAUCAACGACAGAGUCUUCGAUCGCAAUGAAGCCCUCGUCCGGUUCUUGCCAAUGGAACUUGUUGACAGCAAGUCCCCCGUACAAACCAAAGACGCUGCCAUGACCACAAUGCAGCAGCUGAAGACCCUUUCCCAGACCACUAAUGGCGAGCAGCGUGCUUCCCUCUUCCACAAACUGGUAUCUGAGCUACGUGGCCUGAAUCCCGACGUCUUGGGUUCUACUGCGCUUGAAAUGAUGGCCAUAUCCGACACCCUGACCAUGCAAGCUCUGGUCCAGUGCGGUACUCCGGAGUGUACCAGCGCCACGCUGAGGGUUUUCAGGUCCUUUGACGAAUCCGCCGUUGAAGUCGACGUAGCAGUUUAUGCCCUGGCAAUGCUGCCCAACCCCUCACGCCUCAUGGUCAAGGAUAUUCUGGCCAUGGCUCAGAACAAGAAGAGCAAGCCCAUCAUGUAUGCCUUGAGCAAUGCAGUCAAGAAGCUGUACCAGGCUGAGGAGAAAGUCACUCCAGAGAUCACGGCCGCUUCGGACUUCAUGGCUUCCCUUCUGGGCCCAGAUUGCUCUGGGGAGAAAGAUCUGACCUUCCUGACUUUGAGGGUUGUAGGGAACAUUGGAGAUGUGAUGGAAGCUGCUGACCCCGCUAUUAAGAACACCCUGCUGAAAUGCAUGAGGCAGCCGGCCACCACGCUCGCUGUUCAGCUCGCUGCCAUCCAGGCGUUCAGAAGAAUGUCUCUGACAGAUGAGGUUCGCUCGAACCUCCAAAAGGUCAGCCAGUAUCCGAGAGGUGCCGUGCAGAAACGUCUUGCAGCGUACUUGAUUCUGAUGAGAAAUCCUCAAAAUAGUGACAUCGAAAUGGUGAAGAAGAUCCUGACACAGGAGGAGAACGAGCAGGUCAAAUCUUUUGUGAGCUCCCAUGUCUACAACAUCAUCUCCUCCACUGAUCCUGAAACCCAAAAGCUUGGCAAGAAGAUUUUGGAUGCUCUGCAGGACAACGCGGUGGACACACACAAUGACUACAGAACAAAGUCUCGUAAUUACAAGCUGGGUUUGGCAAAUGAAAACUUGCAGGCCAAUAUUCAGGGCAAUGUGAUCUUUGACCCGAGCAACCAGCUGCCUAGAGAAAUCAUGAUGGAAUCUACCCUCAAAGCUUUUGGCUACAACAUGGACAUGUGGGAGUUUGGAAUCGAAGGAAAAGGCUCGGAGCCAUCCAUUGAGGCUUUGUUCGGAAAGAACGGGUUCUUCCCAGACACGUUGUCAAAAAGUCUGUACUGGGCGGAGGAUAAGAUGCCAAUCAAGAUGAUGGAAGUUCUCGACAAGUGGUUUGCGCCCUUGAAAUCAGAAGGACAGAAGGCCCCUGAAAAUCUGAUGCGAGAAAUUGUCGGCAACUUCAACAAGCUGGUAAAGGAUUUGCAGAAUCAAGAAUCUCCAGAGGCCAUGGCCUACCUGAAGAUGAUGGGAACGGAGCUCGGCUACAUCAAGGCCAGCGAUCUGAAGUUUAUUGUCGAUAAUGUUCAAAUGUAUGCAGAGACUUUCCUCAAGAUUCUUCCUACCCAGGUUGUGGCUAAACUGAUGUCCAGCACAGACAAUGAGAUGUUUGUCCAUUACAUGUUCAUGGACAACAAAUUUGUCCUUCCAACUGCCUCUGGGUUACCUUUGACCUUUUCUCUGUCUGGCACUUUUACUCCCGGAGCUAAGGGUGGACUUCACAUCUCCCCAAAUGUGAACGAACUGUUGUUCAAGCCGUCUGUUGGCGUUGAGUUUGUGACCCAGAUGGGCGUCCACGUCCCCGAAUUUGUCGUCUCUGCCGUGGAGAUGCACACCAGCUUGUAUCACGAGAGCGCACUCAAUGCUAAACUAUCCGUCGAGCAAAACCAGGUCAAGCUCUCUAUCCCGGCCGCACAGGGCCCAGCAAAGCUUUUGAAAAUCAGCAAUCGCGUGAUGAUUGUUGGCGACGGCAAGGCUGUCGUAAUCCCACACAAUUUGGGUGACGCAAACUGUGACUCCUUCGUUGGAUUCAAGUAUUGCACGAAAAAACUUCACGUCGAUGCACGCGGUAAAAGUGACGCGCCUUACUUCCCUCUGGCCGGAGAGACGAUGUUUGAAGUUGACGUCGAGCCGAAGGUUUCGUACACGGCCACCAUUGCGUACGCGCUCCUCAGUGAAGGAAAAGAUGGCCACCAGAAGGUUGAUUCCCUGAAGAUGACUCUGAACGCUGAAGGAGCUCAAGCCGCCGAAGCUUCGGCCACCAUGAAGUACAACCGAAACAGGAACGUCUUUACCAGCCAAAUGGAGAUCCCCGACCUCGAUGUCCAAGCUGGAGUCGAGGUGGGCUUGACUGACAGCAGCACCAAAGGCAAAACCCUUACUGUUGAGAUUUCCAACAAGAAUGUGCCACAGCUCACUCUGACCGGUCACGCCCAGCUUCAGGCCAUGACUGAAGGCAUGCUGCAGGUUCAGUUGGAGGUCCCCUCUCUGAAGACAGAUGCUACCAUCUCUGCUACCAUGACUGACAGUGGCACCAAUGGCCAAGAAUUCACUUUUGAGAUCCAAAGUGAUAUGAAGCUCCCAGAGACUUCCUCCAUUCAAUCAGUCACAUUCAAAUACGGCAACGACGAAGCUGAGGUUAAGCUGAGGUCAAACAUGAAUGCUGAGACCAAACUCCUGGUGCCUUACACUAAAGCUCUGAGGACCUGGGUCGGACAAAUUGCCAAGGAUUCUAUGGAUCGUCAGAUUGUCAACACUGACAUGAAAUUGCGUCACAUUGUCAACAAGGCAGUUGAAGCCAGCAACAUCUGGAUGAACAAAAUAUCAGUCCAUGUCCCCUAUGUAGAGACUCUGAGGAACAAUAUUGCAAAGGUGGAAAUGCCUUCCAUGCCUGAGAACCUAUUCAUGAAUAUGGAAAGCAAAUUCCGAUACCAGUUCAACAAGAACUACGUGACCAUCCGAAUCCCUCUGCCACUUGGAGGCAAAUCUUCCGAGGAGUUGUUCAACAUGCCCUCGCUCGGUGCGGAGCUUGCGAGGCAGCGGAUCGAAACUCCCAAAUUUACCAUCCCUGCCGAGCGAGAGGUCACUCUGCCGCUUCUUGGGAUGGUGGACGUGUCUGCGAAGAUGAACAGCAACUAUUACAACUGGGAGACAACAGUGUCGGCGGGUAACAAUACCGUGGACUCUCCAAACUAUUUGGCCAAGUUCAAAGUUCAGGCUCACAGUCCGCUCAAUCUUCUGUCUUUCACGGCUGAGGGAGCUACAGAAGUUACUGAUACAGAUGAGAAAACACUGAGAUUCACCCUGAGCGGCUCGCUGGGGCACGAAUUUGUGAGUACAAGGCUUAACAUAGAGGAGACUAUUGCCGUCUCAGACAAUGUAACGUCCUCGGGAAAAUACAACAUCCAAGCCGCUUCCCCGCUGGGUUUGCGAACAUCUCUGGAUCUCACCAAGAAGUUCACGCUCGAUUCAGCCAAGCUAUUGGGCGACAUCAAUGCCGACGGAAGUGUCAGCGUUGGAUCUUUAACUGCUAGCACCACCUAUCUCAACACCUUCUCAUCCGACCGUGUCAAGAAGGAACUCCGAUUGGAGAGCAUACUGAGAGCAAACUCGGACAUCCUGAAAGUUACCAAUAAGAUCAAGGCUAUAUACGCAAAUGAGAAUCUUAAUAUCGAGUCCAACACCAACAUUAACAGUGACCCCGUUAAACACUCGACUAAAAUCACCCUCGACUAUAAGGAUGUCAAACUGAGCCUUGUCUCAAACUCGGUGACAAAAGCCGGUAAGAGAACACUCCAGAGCCAAGUUGAGUUCACAGCUUCCGAAGCUCAAGCCAGCCUCCGGAUCGGCAGUACCGCUGAAGAUACAGUCAACCGCGCCUACUCUUUGCUCACCGGUUCCUUGAAUCCCUCAGGCUUAGAGCUCAAUGCCGAUGCCUCCAUGAACAUCUUUUCAAGCCUGGCUUCUCACAAGGCAACGUUGGCCCUCAACGCCAACGGCCUGACCACCAGCUGCACCACGACUGCUCAGCACAACCGACUGACAUUUGAGAAUAUUUUCCACAGUGGACUUGAUGCCAAUGGUGCCACCAUGUCUCUCACCACAAAGGGGGGCAUCCAAGGCAACAAAGUUGACUUUAACGUCGAGGGAAAACUCGCAAGCUCCGAAGUCUACCUCAAUGGGAUCUUGAACGGCGACAUCUCGGCGUUCAACACAAGAAACACCAUGAACUUCAGAGUAAGCGAAGAUGGCCUCGUCUUAUCCAGCAAUAUCGUUGGAUCGUUAAACGAAAUGAGGACUGGAAAUUCAAAUUCCCUUUCUCUUACGUCAAGAUCUUUAACCCUCCACACUAAGACAGACAAUGUCCUUAGCGCAAGGAACUCCUACAUGCAUGACAUCACAGUUACCAUGGAGAAGCUGACAGCCUCUGUUAUCAUCAAAAAUAUUCUGAAGAUCAUGGAGGUCAACUUUAACAAUGAAGCCCGGUUGAAGGCUCAACCCUACAACAUGGAGCUGACAGGAACACUGAUGGGAGACUUCUCAGGCGAUGAACUCAAGCACACUUAUGAAGUCAAGUUUAUGGACAUGAGCCUGUCUACAAAGUGCAACACCAACGGUCAACUCCUGGGAUCUCAGAUAACACACGCCACGGAUUUGGAAAUUGCAGGCCUGACUGUGAAAUUCAGCAACGACGCAGAUUACAAAUCUCAGUCUCUUCGUUUUGACAGUAAAAUCAACGCUGCCGCCGAACCCUUCUCCCUUACCAUCGACGCCUUGUUCAACUCAAACGGCGGAGUGUCUUUUUACGGACAGCAGAGCGGGGAACUUUACAGCAAAUUCCUCUUGAAAGCUGAACCCCUGCUUCUCACGCAUUCGUUCGAGUACAGAGGCUCGACCAGUCAUGAGAUGGAAGGCGGACCCGCAAUCAAGACCAACGUGGACAACAAGCUCAGCGGCACCAUGAGUCUUCGAGAGCAAAGUGUUCACCUGAAAGUUAAAUCCAAGGUGAAUGAGCACGCUUUGGAUCAAGAAUUCGAGGCCUACAACAAAGCAGAGAGAAUGGCCAUUGACAUGAGAGGAGCAGUCACCACAAACCUCUUGAGUGAAGACAGUCAAGUCUACAGUGUGUCUGGGUUUGUCAAGUAUGACAAGAACAUGGAUAGCCAUUUCAUCCAGAUCCCUUUCACCGAGGACCUUCCAGCACUUAUUGAAGAUGUCAAAAAGACGGCGAUGAGGCUGAUGGACAACAGCAUCGAACUGCUGAAAGACAUCAACACCAAGUAUGACAUCAGUAUGACUAUCCAGAAGAAAGUAUCUGACCUGAAGAAGGCCGUUGACAACUUCGACUUGAGCCUUUUUGCCCAAGACGUGAGAAAACGUGUCAACUCUGUCGAAAAUGUCCUGACUAACCUGACGACCAAGUUGCCGACAGAAGUCAUCAAUCUGCUGAAAAGAGUCAAGGAGGCUAUCACAGCUUGGAUCGACAAACACGGCAUCGCUGAUCGAUUCACUGUCAUUUACAGAAAAACCGAGGAAAUCCUGUCCAAGUACGAAGUUGAGAAGAUGAUCGGACAAGUGAUGGAUGAGGUUGUCAAAAUGAUGAAGCGGUAUCAAGUGAGGGAAAAGAUUCAGUCUGGAUUUUCCCACCUAAGGUCAAUUGACAUCAAGCCUUUGAUCAAAAAGGUUCUGGUACCUAUUCAGGAUCUUACCAAUGCGCUACACUCCUUUGACUUCAAACAGAUGAUUGACGACAUGAAGGAUUACGUCAUGAGAAUGGCGCUGAAAAUUCAAUCCUUUGAUUAUGACACAUUAACACUGGAUCUGAAAGAAAAAGUGACAGAUUUGAGCAAGAUUCCCUGUUUCGGAAAACUAUACGGACAGUUUAAAAUCAACACGCCGCAUUACAAACUCAGGACUACCGCAGAUCUGGCCAACACCACGACGACAGCAGUCACACCGGAGUUCAAAGUGAACUUUAAUUCUCAGGCCACAUCUACUCUGAAGGUCCUCCAGUUCACCGUCGAUGCCAAUGCGCAUUUGGCUGUCCCCGAGAUGAGCCGUCUGGCAAUUUCCGAGUAUCUUAAGAUCGAUCAGUUGUCCUUCAAAGUGGACCACAAGGGAACGACGGAAAUCGAUGGCCUGUCAGGUCAAGGCUCUGCUGACACUACUGCAAAGAUAGCAACGGCGUUGUAUUCUGCUGAUCUUGUCAGUAACAUGUUGUACGCCUUGGAAGAUGGACUCUCUGCAACGGUCAAUACAAACUAUAAUCAUGACCUCAACAUGCCACCCCUCAACAUUUUCACUCACGUGUCAUCAACUCAAAAGACUAAUCUCGCGCUGGGAGCAGGCUCCGCCCAACUGAAAAUGAACACUCUGGCCAAUGCCAAAUACGCAAUUCGGGAUUACGCAGAUGAGGUAACUCACAGCAGUGACAUUGACGUAGUCCUGGAUCUUCACACAGCCAAAGUGACUUUCGUCGGUGCAACCAGCUGCAAAGAUUUGAAGUCCAAUCAGAACGUGGUUGCAGAUAUCGGCAUUUUCCGCCACGCGAUCGUUACUGCCAAAGUUGAAACGGAAACGCCUGUGAUGAAGGGCAGCGUUUUUGACAUGAAGUUCCAAGCUCGUGUUGAAGACAUGCGAAUUGAUCUUACUGCCACCCAUGAGGCAAACCUGAUUGAGGGAACUCUUACAAGCUCCGCCCUCGCCUUGAUCACACCUACCGAGCUCACGUUUGACACCAAGAAUAAGGGAAAUUCCAAACUUUUCCUUCCGUUCAAGAUGUCCGGAAAGAUGGAGUUCGAGAAUGACAUCUCUCUUACCCUAAACUCCGAAGUGCAGCAAGCCAGCUGGACUGCAAUGGCCAGACUCAACCAAAACAGAUAUUCCCAUGAUUUCAAAAUGGAUAAUGGUGAAACUGAAAUAAAUGUCAUUUGCCAGAUGAACGGAGAAGCAAAUCUUGACAUCUUGAGGCGACCAAUCGCUGUUCCUGAAAUAGCGAUGCCGUAUUAUGGAAUGGGGACUGCAGAAGUGAAGUACUUCUCACUGUGGGAAGAUGCUGGCCUCAGUAAUCUCCUCACUACCACUAAGCAGACUUUUGACAUGAGCUCCAAGAUGAAAUACAUGAAGAACCCAGAACCCAAAAUCCAGAGCAUAAGGAUUCCGAAGAUGGGCGAUUUGACCUACGAGUUUUCGAUGAAAGCACCGAUGAUCACUCUGAAAAGCAAUGCGAGCGUUCUCAACAAGGACAGCUUCGUUGUCAAACUCGAUGCAUCCUCCUCAUCGGAAUGUGAGUUUCUGACAGGAAAUAUCCAAGGCAACACCAACGUUAACCUAGUCGGCGGUUUCAAGAUGGCCUCGGUCCUUGUUGUAAAACAUACGGUGUUGGAAGGAAGCCAUGGUAGCACCAUCAUCUUAAGUUCUGAAAAUCUUGACGCCUCCAUCAGCAAUUUGCUAAAAGUCAAUCUUCCUCAUGAAACCAUGGAAGUCCACCAGGAGAUUACUGGAAACCGUCUUGUUUUCACUCUGUCCACCCCAUCUGCUGGUCACAUUGGAGUGCAGAUGGAGACAGAGAAACCCGCACAAGCGAGAGCAAGACUCUAUGGUCGCUACCCUAGUGAACCACAAAUGGACAUUGAUAUCUUGGCCUUGAAGAUGUCUGUGAUGAACUCUGAGAAGCUGAAUAUUCAGACUUCCUGGAACACGGAGAUGCCAUAUGAGAUUAUACUUGGACUGAAGAAGAACGUACCUGUGGUCGUCCAAAGGGUCACCACUCCUGUCGUCGCGACACUCGAGCAAGCCAGAAAACACGGUACGGUGUGGUUGAAUAAGGCCGUUGACAACUACGCGGCAGUUAAUCCCUCCGAUAUUAUGACAUCGGUAAAAGAUCAGGCCAAUGUUAUCGUUAGAAAAUACCAACAGAGGGUCGAGACCUUUCUGGACGCUGUGAUUACAUUCCUGAGAGAAACCAAGUUCCUAAUCCCAGGGUAUGCACAAAGACUGUCUGGGUUUGAGGUCUAUCAAAAUUGUCGUCGCUUUAUCACUGAUGUAUGCGAGGAGGCAUGUCAGAAAGUCUCAAAGUUUGUCUUAUCAACCACCAAAGUAGUCUUUGAAGCAAUUCCUGCUUCUGGAAGAGACUUGCUGACUGACUCGUUUAACGCUUUGAUGAAUGUCGAGGUGGGUGGCAACACAGUUGAAGAUCUUCUCAGGGAUUUUUCUCAACUAAUUAAGAGGCUGCUCCAAAUUCUAAAAUCCCAAGAUGCAAUGAAGAUUCCCGCCGUGAUGAUCGACUUAUACCAGGAAGUCAUCGACUCUCGUAUCGUUACUAGUGUUGUUGAGCAGAUUGAAACGUUCCAUCGCAUCAUUAGCGGCUAUUUUCAAACUGUUGCGACAGAAAUUCAGACGAUUCCCACUCAACAACUUCAGGCUGACAUCAAAUCCUCCACUGACUUGAUGCUGAAAUAUGUGGAUGCUUUCCAUGCAGAUGUUGUUCGAGUCCUAAAGGAGAAAAGUCAAACUUUGGAAAAAUUCCUAAGAGUUGGUGACAGCCAGGUGGAAUUGGAUAUUCCUUUCCCCUUUAUUUCUCAGUUUAACUAACUUAACGGCUCAGUUUUUGGAACAGAAAGACCAUUCCAAGAAUGAAAUACAAAACUGUACGCUAAAUGUCGUCUGUAUCUGCGAUACUUGUCAGCCCUGAUUUUAUUAUUACGCAUUUUGUUCAUUUCACACCGCCAUCUUUUUUUGCCUCAUUUGUAUGUUGUAUUGUACUAUUUAAAUCCUGUUUCCGUCAUUAAAGAGUUUUUACUGCAUACACCUUAUGUCCUCGAUAUGCUUUCGAUCAUUGUCAGAGUAAUAAUAUUGGCAAAUAUAUUUUUGACAGAAUCUAAUCAUCUACUGCUAACUCAUACAAACCAUCUGAUUUGGUUUUUAAUCCAGUAUUCAAAAGUAUUGACUGCUUUCUUUUCCAUCACUGUUUUUGUAAACUGGGGAAAAAUACAGUAAGAAAAAAAAAGAAUGACAUCAUUUACAUGGCAACCCACCACAUCAUAUUUUUAUUUUCAAAUAAAUUUCUGUUUGCUUACAAAAAAUACAAUGCUCCAAAUCGCCCAUUAAAAACAAGCUAAUGCAAUGUAUUAUAAAUAUAACACCCAUAUGCAUAAAAUGUUACAUUUGGCACAUACUCAGCACUUUUCUUCAGCGUAGUUGUAAAAAUGGACAAAUGCAAACGAGACCAUCUGAGUAAAACGUGUAAAUUCAAAUCCACUAACAAUUACAGACACAAGAGGGGAGCUUGUGUGGGAAUAAUCAGGAGGUGCAACACAAUGCAUUCCUGCCCUGGAAGUCAGCAAAAAGCUCAGCAACACAUGGCAGGCAGGGAAUGUGACUUUUACAUAAGUCUGAUUUAUUUAUUUUUUUAAAAAUGGGACAAUUAUUGAAUGCUCUAAUUCUUUCAGAAUAUCCAUCUUAAACAAGCACCCCUAUUACCUUGUAAAAACAAAGUUACACAUUUUAUAGUCAACAGUGAUUUGCCAAAAUGAUCAACUCAAGACAUAGUAACCGAAAAGCAUGGCACACAUUGUAUUGUUUGUCCACAACAAGGAGAUACAUUCAAUAGUCAGUACUCUUAAUGCUUGGCUCCAACAAUGGUUUUCUAUUUAGACUCAGCCCUCCCAACACACCAGUGACGAGAAAAAUAUGCUUAAAAUGUACCUGAAUGACAUAAAAA